GUGUCAGUCGGUUUGCGGAUCAGUCUCUGAUCAGUUGAGUGGACCACCAAUCCGGCGAAGAUUGGGCGACCAUGCUGAACGGAAAAUUCUACACGGGCCUGCCGCCCAAAAUGGUGGAGCGCCAGGCGGUGAAGGUGUGCAAUCGCCAGGAGUCGCACUUCUUCUGGCCAGACGAUUCCCGCGCGGAUUCCGCGGUGGAGACCCGAGCAAAGAGGAGAACCAGCCAGCAGCUGGAGAAGCCAGUGGAAAGGAUUACUUCCAAUCAGAAUGCAUCCGACGAAGUGGACACACGGCGAAUGUUCCACAAGGAGUUUGCCAGUUCUUCCAUACAGUUCUAUGAUAAUCUGCAGUCUAAUCCUGGAAACAAACCUUCAUUGGCAAGGGGUCUACGCAGGGAAAUAACCCCAAAACUAACCGAAGUGAGACCCCAGGAAUCGGAUAAGAAAGCCGAGGACACCAGCAGCCGUCGCCAGCAGGCUUACAGCUCCAAGAUCCAGUUCUACGAUUACGUAAACGAAGCAGAUAACGCUACUCAAAAUAACGCCAGGAGACCCCAAAUGGACUUCAAUGACAAGCGCGAAGUGGAACUGAAUUCCAAGAACAGUCCCAAGCUGCAGGUCAAAAGAAAUGUGCGCAGUUUCAGCGUGGAACUAGAGCCCAAGGUCACCAAGAAACCCCUGAACGACAGCCCCGAGUGGCGGCGACCACGCCCACUGCCCCUGCCCAAAAGGAUACUGAAGCAAACGUCCCAGGAUCAGGAUCCCUACGACCACGUGGAAAGUCGAGUCCGAAGACUGCAACUAACCCGAAGUCCCGGCCUGCCCAAAAAGCAUGUAACCUACAACGAGGAGGCUGCCGAGUACGCUUACUACGACGAUCGGGUGGAUCGGGAAGAUCGCGAGGAUCGCGAGGAGCUCACCUACGAGACUCGUCCACGUCAGCAGCCAAAUAUGCCGACAGGAAGUCGCCAGCAGCAGCAGCAACAUCAACGCUCUUUUAUGGAAACUAGUCGGAGCAAGCCAUUAAAUAAUAAUAAUAAUUAUCAGGCCAGUGGUAUUGGUAGUAAAAUCUUGCCAAAAGUGCCACAGAUCCAAUCCGGAGUGGGUAACACACACACUACCGACGAGGAUCCCCCCGUGCCCUCUGACCCACGCAAACACCUGCGCAGCAGCCUCUGCUUCAGCGGCGACGCUUUGAUGGUGGGCGGUACGGCGUCGCAGUCGCCGCCCACUGCGCAGGCGCGCCGCAGCUCAGCGGGGCAGAGAGUGAGCGUGGGUCUGCCGGACUGAGAGCUCCAGUUCGCGUGUUUGGUGAUUAGUGCAGCUACACAGCGAGAAAUGCUGUCGAUUGCGAAAUCAAAAACAAAUAACUGCAGCGAUUGGUAAAUCGACAGCAACAAUCUGCAUUGCUAAUUGAAAGCCAACUGCGACUGCAACAGAAGCAGCAACAACAUCUGCAGCACAACAGCCACAUCAGCAGCAAAGUUGAUGCGACAGCAGCUGCUUUUCUAGGCACGGCAGCAGCUCAAACUUUUUAUUAGUUUUUACUUUUACGAUCAUCUACAAUCUUUGCAUUCACCCACAUGUGAAUGAAUGAGUCGGCUUUUUUUGUUGUUUUCAAGCGUACAAAUAUACAUAAACAAACCUUGAUCUUGACUAAUUUGUGAGCGAUGCUGUUGUUGUGCACCACGAUCAUGUAUUAAUUUAGCUUUUAAAGCCAACGCAGAAUAAUCUAUAAUUAUAAUAAUAGAGAUAUGCUAAUAAACUGAUACAUAUAUAACCAAAAAUGUUUCGAAUCGGGAAACAUUCAAUUAAGCCUUAAACCUACUAUAGACAUAGAAAAUUAUACAUGGGCACUUGAUGAAUUCGUUUGGUAUUCAGUUUUUAAACUAAUAAAGAAACUUAUGGCCAACAGGA